AUGUGGUCGGCGUUCCAACAUGCCAAGCACGCAACGUGCGGCUUUAUCCAUCGGCACAAGAAGCUUCUUAUUGCUACAACUAUUGGUACAGCAUGUGCUGGUACUGCUUUUUAUGCUUAUAAACGUAUUCAAAGCGAGGCUGAGCGCUUUAAUCAACAGAUUCAAAUGCAAAUGGCGGAGCAUCAACGACUGCAAUUGGCGUUAAAUUCUACGGUAGAUGAAAGUCGUGCAAUGGUGAAGCGGUUCUUGCCACGACUAAAGUCACGACUAUAUCAAUUAUUAGAUCUCGAGAGUGUUGUACAGGAGCUCAAGAUGUUGGAUAAAACACAGAAGAAAAGACGCAAUGCGCUUUGGGAGGACGCGAAGCUGUUGGCAUUUACGCGUUACAUGACGUCACUUAUAGCGUUUGGAUUAUGGCAUAUGCUUGUAUUUGCACAAGUUUCAAUUAUUGGUAAACGAAUGUUUGAAAAGAACUUGAAGAUGGAAGUUUCUGAGAGACAGAAACAGAGAGAAGAAGCUGAAGAGCAAGCUCAUCAUGCUUUUCUGACCUCUGGACUCGAGUAUUUCCUAGAUGAAGCGCUAGAAAGAAUCAAAAAUCAUGUUGAAACGAUUGUGAAGGAAAACAAAGAAUUACAAGCGUGGAAAGUCAGUCAAAAGGCUGCAGUUACAACGAAUGAGCUGAAUGAAGUACUUCAGACGUUGUUUCUGGAUAUAUUGCCAUCGACUGUCGCCGUAGCUGCAGCUGAAAAGCACGAAGACUCGGCUGAAUUACGCAAAUGGCGAGGGUUUUUAGUGUAUCCAGAGAAACUACAAGGUCAGGAUGAAAAUUUAAUUAGUCUUUUGAACGACUUGUGGGACCUAUUGGAGAGCAAUCUCUUCUUGCCUGCAUUACAGCACAGCUUAGGCUUCUUAUGCGGAAAUGCAUUUCAAGACCUUGAUGAUGUUGUUUAUGGCCCGAGAAACUCAGAGCCUCAAGACGUUGAAAAUCAUGAUGCGAAGCCAGAGAAACCGGCACCUCCACUUGCAAAGCUUAUCCCGUGUCUUCAAGCUGAAAUGAAUAAACUUUUGCUGUCUUCAGGACCAGAUAGUUACGCUGCAAAGUACUCGCAAGAGGUCGGUGAGAUUGAGACAUUUCGAAGCUUUUACGAAGCAAUCUUUUUCGAACAAAGCGCUAAACAUCAGUACAUGGGAUCUACUCUCAUUUAA